UAUUGCCGAAUCCCUUCCAAGGCUGGAUGUGUGUUGUUUACGUCCAUUGAACAGCUGUGAUCAAUGUAGUAUGAUAGUGCGGAAUCGGGAGGUAAAUGAAAGAACAAGGGAAAUAAUUCUCGUGUUCAACUCAGACGUUUAGAUUAGUAGUAUGGAUGUAUUCUCUAAUACUGUAGGCCUGUAUUGGGAUCAGAAUUAGCGUGAGAAAGGAUCUUCGCUUCAGCAUAGCAGUAAAUUUGUGACUCGUGAUCGUGAACGCUCUUCUUUUUUUUGUCUGGAGCACACCCGGAGCUGAAUCACAAUAAUGCAGUGCUAGUGCUACAGAGGCAGAGCCAUUUGACCUGACAAAGGGAUUGGCUGACCCUCUCCACACACUACUCUACACUACAGUCAGAAGUGGUAUCUCAACCCUUUUCUCUUAUAUUAUCUAUUCGUAGCAAAAGGGGUUCAUAGACAUUUUUCUGGACUGGGUUGAUUUUGUUCUUUAUAUUAUUAUGACCCAAACACUAAUCAUUAUGAAUUUCUUGGGGAACAUCUGAUUAUUUUGGGGGUGAUCGAUGCUCAUUCAUUGAGGUUGCUGAACAGCAGAGGGAAACAACCGAUUUGUUUACAUCUAGAGUGAAAGCAGACUUGGCAUACUUUUGUUACUUUCAGUUACUAGUAACCCAAACCUAAAUUUACUCAAGGUUUGUAUAAUGGAUUUUAUAUAUGAUUGGGAUGAUCAAGGAGACCAGUUUUCAUUCGAGGACAGUGAUCGGUUCGAGGAAGAUUCGCUAUGCUCUUGGGUGAGCGAGGCAGAGAGUGUGUGUAACAACAACUGGAGAGGAUGGAAGAAAAACAGCAAUGGAACUGGAGGGGGAGAGAGAAUGUCGUCUGCUGUCCCUGCAGCCCCAGGGAUUUCUUCGUCUUUAACAGAGGUUUCCUCAUUGGUUGAACUGACAGCAAAGACCACCGCCCUCUACAUCCCCUUUGAAGUCGUUGAACGAGUCUACCCACCGGUUCCUGAAAACCUUCAGCUCCGCAUCGCUUUCUGGAGCUUUCCCGAGAAUGAAGAGGAUAUCAGACUGUAUUCCUGCCUGGCUAAUGGUAGCCCUGAUGAGUUCCAGAGAGGAGAACACAUGGUCAGGAACAAAGCGGUCAAAGAUGUUCUUCAAAUUGGAUUUCACCUGAGUGGGACAGUAGUGCCCUCCCAUCCCAUGACCCAGCAGCACGGCACCAGUGCGACCUUCAACGUCGCCAUCACCUUCGACCGACGUCGCAUCUCCUCCUGCAGCUGUACGUGCAGCUCGGCCAGCAAGUGGUGCAGUCACGUGGUGGCGCUGUGUCUCUACCGCAUCCACCAUCCGUCGUCCGUCUGCCUGCGCGCCCCCGUGUCGGAGUCCCUUUCCCGCUUGCACAGAGAACAGCUUCAGAAGUUCGCUCAGUAUCUCAUUAGUGAAUUUCCCCGUUUGAUCCUCCCCACUGCACAGCGGCUCCUGGACGAGUUGCUCUUGUCCCAAGGCAGUGCCAUCAACAAGGUGUGUGGUGCCCCUGACCCUACCGCCGGACCCCCAGCCACCGAGAUGACCCACUGGUUCUUAGAUGAAGCCAUCCUUCAUGAGAACAUCAAGAAGACCCUCAUCAGAUUCAGCGGUCCUUCUCCCAUCGUCUUUAGUGAUGUGAACUCCCUGUACCUGUCCUCAACGGCGCCCCAAGCAGCUGCCGAAUGGACCAACCUGCUACGACCCCUGAGGGGGCGGAUGCCUGAGGGCAUCUGGAACCUGCUCUCCAUCGUCAGGGAGAUGUACCGUCGCCGUGACAGCAAUGCCAUCUCACUGCUUCGUAUCCUAACGGAGGAGUGUAUCAUCUGUGAUCAGAUUGUGAUUUGGUGGUUCACCACUCGUACCUCAGCCCUCCACUCACAGCAUGGAAACCAUGGACACCGGGCAAGUAGCAAUAGCAGCACAGCAGCAGCUCAACACGCCUGUGCUAGCAUGUGUGAGGAGAUCGUUACUCUGUGGCGACUAGCCGCGCUCAACCCCAUCAACUCACGCCAAGACCGCGUCAACCACGAGCAAGAGUUCCGCAAGUGGCACCUGCAGGUCAUCGAGAAGGCGCGUAAAGCUCGGGGACCGUCGCAUUGGGUAGGGGCUGGCGGCACGGGUGGAAACAAUAACAAUCUUCGUAAAGUUGACAUCGAGGUCUUUGCAGGGUUCAAGCCCGCCAUCGAGGCUUGCAUGUUGGACUGGAGUGAUUUCCCCAUAGAGGGCGUCACGCACAGAGAGACACGCAUCCCUCGGGUUAAGGUAGGCCAAGGUGGCGAGGGGAACAGUCAAAUCUCAGGGAGUGGCCACCACGUGAAAAUGCCGGAAUCUUCCACGACGGGGGGCCCGACCUGUCGAUCAAGUCCAGAGCAAGGCAAACAGGAGGUGAACGUAGUUGUAAGUAGUAGUCCCCAAGCGGAAACACCAGGAUCCAAGGAGGACAAGGUCAAGGUCGAGUCCGACAGUGAGACUCUCCUGCGUGCCAACUCUUCAGAUUCUUCCAUGUCUUCAUCAAGCGACAGGGUCGAAGGUUACCAGACAGGAGCCAGCUUAUCACACUCCGACGACACAGACUCUGAUGUGCAGACUGUCUCGAACUUUGCCUCCAAGCAGGCAUCGGACGGCAAACAUCUUCAACCGCAUGGAGCAGAAAUCAAAGACACGGGUAGUCAGGGUUCAAAUUCACCUCGCGAGGGUGCCACUGCUGGGGAUAAACACAGCGGGAAGCGCAAGACGAAGAGCAAGCAUGUAGACAGAGGAGAUUCUGACUUAACGGACAGUGAAGCUGGUCUGGUGGCUGAACCACUCCGGAGAGAGCAGGAGAGCGACUCCUCAAACGAAGCAAGGGCGGGGCGGAAGCAAGCUUUGCAGGUGGAACAGAGAGAGUCCCGUGAGUCGCAGCCCUCUAGUGAUGAAUAUCAGAUGUAUUACUAUGACACCAGGCAGGCCAAGGCGGCCGAGCCGACCCCACCCAAGAAGAAGAAUGACACACCCAACCCCUUUGUUGGGAUCAAGAAGAUGGAAGAUAGGAUAGAGAUGGAAAUGAUUCUCUCGUCUCUUCAGAUCAUGUUUUCAAGAGCUGAAGCAUUGCAUGCCCAUGGUUACACCAGGAAUGCUUGUAAACUAGCCAUUCAGCUGGCUGAAGAGAUGCUGGACAAACCACCGGUCCUAGAUGCCCCGCCUCCUACUGGACUUUCAAACAGAGCAAGAAAGAAGCACGUCCAUUCCCAGAGUGUCCUGACCAGCAUGACGCUAUCCAAGGCAGCGUUUCUCUGCAGCGUUCUCUCGGAGCAGGCAGAGUGUCAUCAUCUCGCUUUCAGGAUGGGCAUGUUCGGCUUGGAGUUGCCAAGGCAACCUGCAUCUACCAAAGCACUAGAGGUGAAGCUGAAUAGCCAGGAGACAGACUUGGUGACCUUACUGAAGAGGAUACCCCUCGGGCCCUCUGAGCUGGGUAUGAUCAGAGAGAGGGCCCAGAAGCUGAGGGAGGGUACCCUACGCUCCAGGGGAGAGGCUCUUCUGCCCAUCAUGCUCGCUAGCUUCAUCUUUGAUGCGCUCUGCUUACCAGGCCAGCCAGCUGCGAACCUACCCCGCACGUCAGUCCGUCUGGCCCUCGUCAGGGAGCGUAGCCCCAACGACGAGAAGAUGGGCUUUGAGGCGGCGGUGGCUGCCAUGGCGAUGAAAGCCAACGUGAGCGAGGCGGACCAUCCUCUGCUGUGCGAGGGUACAAGGAGACAGAGAGGAGACCUGGCGCUGGCCAUGCUCUCCCAUUACAAGGAAGACCAAGGCAAAUUCAGACAGAUCCUAGAUGCCCUCCUUGACAAGCAAGGUCCCAAAACCCACAAGACACCAUGUGCAGCCCCUGUCCCCUCCAACCCAGCGUUAUCUAGACCAUCCCAACAGGUUCCCACUCAUGGCCACGCCCACAACCACACCCACCCUCACGGUCACAUGCCCCACCCGCAAACUACCACCGGGGACGACAUAGCGGCCCGUAUCGCCCAACACAUGAGUGAGCGCUCCCUGGCAGGUGCGCCUCCCAGCCAACCAGCAGGGAUGAAACCUCAGGACGCGAAGCGGGGUAAAGGUGGGGGUAAGGACGGCCAUGAUAGCUGCGAGGGCGGGUCCGACAGCAGCAGAAGCAAGGACAAGAAAUCCAAAUCCAGACUAGAGGCUCCGGGACCACGCCCUGUUCCCUCCGGACCACCUCCCAGCAACUCCAACCUUGAUCCUGCCAUGUGCAGGGUGGGUCAACCUGGUAUGGGACAGGUUGGUGGAGGGAGGGGUAGAGGGGAAUUCCCCACCAUCAGUGGAGAGGAUGAGGGUAGCCAUCACCCCCCUCCCCACGGGCCUCCAGGUGCAGCCAACCACCCCUCGACAACCACUGGUAUCGGCUACUGGGGAAGGAUAUUCGGCAGACACCCUAGGAAAAGUAAAGGUAUGGCUAGUAUAGACAGCAGUGCACCUGAGACAACCUCCAGCGACAAUUCCCCCACCCUAGCGAGGCGAGUACCCCCAGGGGGGUGGGGAAGGUACCAUGGACCUGGUAGCGACAGCGGGAGUAGCGGUAACUCCAGCGAUUCGGUCAGCUCCAGCAGUUCAGGGGAGAGAGCAACCGGCGCUAGGCCGAAGCUACGGGAGGCUGAACCAAGUCCAGGGCAAAGUAUACCUGUGUCGCUAAUGCGUGCUAACCCAGUCAGCAUAGCCGUAGCACCUGAGAACCUGAAUGAGAACAAGGCUUGUAUAGCGGCAGGCAAAGCUAACAGAAGGGGUCGUAAAGGAGGUCGUAACGACAACUGCCCGACAGUCCCCAACCAGCCCAGCGAGGCCUCUGCCCACUUCUUCUUCGAGCUGGCCAAGACAGUUCUGAACAGGGCGGGCGGUUCAAGCAGCACGGCGCUCUUCACCCAGGAGUGUACCAACUCCAACCACUCCGGGCCCCACCGAGGCCUUCAUCUGUGCGCGUUUGAGAUAGGACUGUACGCGCUGAGACUUCACAAUGCGGUCACACCCAACUGGCUCUCCAGGACGUAUUCUUCUCAUGUUUCCUGGAUUACAGGCCAAGCAAUGGAGAUCGGAAGCGCAGCCAUCAACCUGCUGGUGGAGACAUGGGAGGGGCACCUUACACCUACAGAAGCCGCCUCAUUGGCUGACAGGGCCUCCAGAGGUCGUGACCCCAACAUGGUGCGAGCAGCAGCCCAACUGGCUCUGUCUUGUCUUAGCCACGCCCACGCUCUGAACCCAACAGAUGUGAACAGGGCACUCAUGCAGUGCAAGGAGCAAGACAUCAUGAUGUUACAGAAGGCAUGUGUUGCUGUGGAGAGUGCGGCCAAGGGUGGAGACGUCUACCCAGAAGUCCUGUUCAACGUCGCCAAGCAAUGGGAGUGGCUUCAUGACAACUCCACUGGACAAGGUAACCAUAGCAACCAAAGGCACCAGCACCACCACCAUCAGCACCAUGACUCUGACGAAGACAAGGUGGUAGCGGCCGACGAGGGGACCGGAGAAGAGAUCGGACCUGUGGUGCCGUUUGUGAACGCGCCUGUCAGGGGUAUUGUUCCACAGCAACGCGUGGUUGGUCUUCCGUACAGGUUGGCUCAGCCUCAUGCGGUACCUAUCGUGUACCAUCAUCCCGAGUACCAGGAGUAUGUUGCCGUUGAUCCCUACAUGGCAAGGCAUCAAUUUGGCAACGCACCUCACGCGAUGCCGGUCGGAGACCACAGGCUGCAGCAUCGGCCUCCGAUGCCCCAAGAUGCCCACAACAUGCAGUGGCUUCCUCACCACCAGUACCACGGUCCGUGUCCCUACAACGCCAACGUGGCCAUGCCUGGGAUGGCCGUGUCCGUACCCCGCACGGCCUUCCAGCCCACGCAGAUCAUGCAGCUUCCGCCUGGACAGGUCAUGGCUCAGCGACCCAUCAUCCAGUACCCGAUGCCCCCGACGAUCAUCCAUGCCAGGCCCAACGUGAUGCCUCAGCAGCAGCAGCAGCAGCAGCAGCAGCAGCAGCAGCAGCAGCACCCGAUGCAACCCAUCCCCAACAUGGCCCAACCCAUAGCCCCACAGCAGCAUCCAGGACUGUUCUAUCUUCAUGCCACCUACAGGGUUGGCAUGUUGGGUAUCGAUACCCUGGCUAGGAGAGUUCACGACGAGAGGACACAGUCAAGGUUCUCACCCAAUCCUCCGUACGGUGAAGACAUCAAGUGGCUCAUGGAGAUUGCUAAAAGAUUAGGUGUAAGUUAUGUUCAACAGUUCUGUGCAUGUGUACUAAGCGUCGUAGUGAGUCCGUUUGUUCUACAUACAAUAACAUGGGAGGCUGCGCAUUACCUGGCGUCUAUGAACCACACAUCGGUGCAGGCCAAUCUACGCUCCCCCAUCCUGAGUCCGAUCGUACAGAAGUGUGUCCAGAUGUACAUACAGUGUAUCCAUCAAAGGAUGUAUCACAUCACGCCACCGGAGUACGAUGACUUCAUCAGCGUGGUCCAGAGUGCACAGAAGGCCUUCUCGAUGCAGGCAGGUGGGCAGGCACAGUUCAAGGACUUCAUCCAGUCCCUCAGAAGGUUGCCUCGAUGCAAGCAUGACCUGUGGGUGCGACUGUCAGCCACGCUGUCGCCAAGCCUCUUUGAGCAUUCCUCUUCCUCCUCCGCUUCCUCUCCUUCCACCACUACUGUCUCGACCAAUCACUGACAGCGUCUCAUCCAUACUCAGGCAGGUCUAGCUAAUCAGGAACAGUCUUUAAUCGGUUAGAUUUGGAUUGCUGAUGAGUUAUUCAUGGAGAAAGAAAAAUCUUUUUGAAGACACCAUGCACGGGAUAGAGACGAUCCCUUCGCUGUGAAUUAUGGGAUAUUGUGUGUUAAUGUUUAAUUCAUGUUCAGUCAGACGUUAAGACUAGGAACAGCCAAAUAUUAUUUCAUUUUGUGGAAGUGUGUGUAAUCUAGGGGUCUACUGUGAGUCUCUCGCAUCGGACAGAAACUCAGUUUUUCUGUAAAACCCAAUCUUACCUCUGUGACGUAGAAGUUAAGCAAGUUCGUUCUCUAUGAAUCUUCCCUCAUCAAUUCAAGAUAUGAUGUUCAUAAUCUUGAAAAAUCCCAGACAGCUAUUUAAUGUCCAAGGAACUUCGAUGAGACUGAACAUGUUUUCCUGAUAUUUCAAAUGUGUCUCAGAAUUACCCAUGGGAUGUAUAUAUACUUGAUAAACUUUGGUUCCUUUUCAAAGCAAGUCUUCUUACUUUUUACCCAUCUUCAUCCAAGAGAGCAGUUUAAAAUUUGUCCCACCCAAUUUUAUUUUUUCUUAAAAGUUGUACAGAUUGAUUUUUUUUGCAUUGUUAUGGUUAUUUAUUUAAUAGAUUUGUGGUAAUAAAAAGCUCAGUGCUUUUAUUUUUUUGUUUGUUUGUUUAACAUCCAUGUUCAAGCUUGUUCGAAGGACCUGUUUUGUUGUAUAUAAGUAUGUGAGAGGAUGGGUAAGAGGAGAGGCCGAGGUAUUAACUGUUAUUUUGAUUGCAAUAUGGGAAGAUUGAAAUGAUUCUAGGAAUGUAUACUAUAGACAGAAGGAAAUUAAAGGCAAGAUUUUGAUGAAUUGGCUCUCUGAACUCUAGUGUUUUAGAUGACCAGGGUCGCCAGACUGCGAAAAGAGCGAGGAAAGUUGUAGCAGCGUAAAGUCAAGAAGGAAUAAUUUGUGGUUGCCUGUGACGGAGAGGGACAUUUUAGAGAGUGUCUCGCUCCUGAUAUUUGAGAACAUUUACCUCAAAAUCUCGACAAGAGGAUGUAGUGCAUAAAGGCAACACCAUCUGCUCUUGAUAAAGUAGAAGUGCUCCCUCUUUGUGGGUGUUUUUAAAAGCCAUUUGAUUUUUAUUAAGUUGACAAAUUUGUAUUUACAAACUCUUGAAGAUGGUCAGAAGUUGAUGUUAUAUGAUGCACUAUAAAUCAACUCUAUACAAAGAAAUUGAGUUCUUUGCUAUCCAUGGUAUACAAAGACCGACCAGAAGAUAUAUUCAUAAACAUUUAAGGCUUGUUAAGAUGUGAUAUGGUUAACUAGGGCAAAAGAACCGCCGCAAUUUUUUAGACAGGUAAAUGAAUGGCAACUCAGAGCAAGAACAAUGCGUAUUCAUUGAGCACUGUGUUAUAAGAAACAGAAACGUAAAGCUUAUUAUGCUUACCAUCAUAAAAGGAACGGCGCGGUUCGCCGUGUUAUAUCCAUACAACACCUAAAAGUUGACUGGGAUCGUUGAUUAUGAAUUUCUCAUAUUUUGAGUCACCUUUUACCGAAAUUUGUUAUUCAAGGCAGUCUCAUUAUCCCUUUCUACCUACAUCAGGAAUGUGAAAGCAGCCUAUAUCAUGCAGAUUGUGCGAGAUUAUUAUUUUUUUUCCCUCCUUGCUCUUUUUCCUUGAAGCGAUAGACUGGGUCAAGACAAUCCCCUUCUUGAGGAUGUAUCGACAAUGAACGGAAUACAGUCACAAUAUGCAUAGAUAGUGCAAAUUAUGAUUUUUUUUUUUUCCUUCAACAAUAUGAAGUCUAAAAUGAAUUUCGCUAUAAAUUUAAAGUAUUUCACUUAUUUGAUUUUUAAUUUUAUGAAUUUGAAUUCCCAUCACUUAUUUAUUGAAGAGAUCUUUUUCCAAAAUGUAUAUUUUUCAAUGUUCUCCUGUGUGUAAUAUGUGUAUAACUAGAUGUAAACUAAAAAGAAAAAAAAAAGAUUAAAAAAAAAGAAAGAUAACUCUCUGUUCUCAGGUUUAAUCUAAGCUACUUUUUAGAAGUAUCAUUGUCUAAUGUUUGAAGAAUAUGUGCAAAAGGUUCAGCGUUUAACUUGUUCCAUUGUCGAAAGUCAUAUAUAUGUGCGUAAGACGUUGCUGUAAAUAGCUCUCCGUUCUCAUCUGUACAUAAUUACUUUAAGAUUCUCACAAAUUUGGUGGAUUCUGCGAUGCAUCGCCUCGUAGCGGUAAUAGAAACUGUUUUCCUGUAUGGAAGAAUCUUUGGUUAGGGUACUUGCGAAGUCCCUCUUUACCUUCUGAUUUAAAAUUCAUAGAUCCUCUGCUUUGAUUUCUUAAUUCACAAACCACCAAGGGUGAAGGAUAUGCAUAAAAUUAUGAACAUGCCUAGGUUAUUCGCAAUUCAAGCUCCAUAAUAUACUCAUUGCAUUGGCAGGCUUUAUAUUCAAAUAGGCCUAGUCCCACGUGUGUAGAUCAUUGUGUGUGAAAUUAUGCAUCUGCCUCCUAUGGCGAAAUACUGUAGUCCAAUGCAAUACCACUAUUUAACUAUCAGCAGCAAAGUUUGUUCUGUCUUCAUUUUUGUUCUUACAGGCAUUGAAUGGAAAUAUAGCUAUAAAAGUACUGUCUGCAAAAAGAAAUCCAGGAUAACUCACCAUUUUUAAAUUGCAAAACAAAGGGACAAAAAUCUCUCUUAUAUUAUCUGUAGAACGGUGUUGAAGUUCUCUUAUUUUUAAAAAGGAAAUCACCAAAUUUUAUAUACAGGGCUGCUCUUAUAACAUUGUUGUACAUGUUACUCAUAUGAACGUGCAAUUUGACAACACGUUUCCGUGUUGAAAUUACCGAAGAUUUUACUCUGAUUUUAUGACUGGAAAAAUGACAAUGGUUCUGUUUAAAAGCAGGGAUUUCUUCCGAUUCAUGGUUAGUUCUAUAAAUUGGACCUCAUUUCCCGUGAUGCAUUUUUACCUCAGAUUCUCAAACAGAAAACACAUUUGUUAUUUGAUGUAUGGAAUCAUGAUCUUUGUAUCUGAGCUCCAGAAAGUGAAAAAAAUUGUGGUAGGGACAAAAAUUGUAUUUUACCCAAUUCUCGAAAAUGAAUUCAAUAGAAUGUGUAAUAUAUAGAUGAUAUACGUUUGCUUUUGGAGUGUGACUAGUAUCAUGUGUGUGUGUGUGUGGGUGAGAGAGAGAGAGAAAGAGAGAGAGAGAGAUGGAAAGACUGUAAAAUGGAGUAAUGUGAAAGCAAGGAGAGACCAAAGAUAAAGCGAAUGGUUUGGCAUGGUUGCAAGCGUUUUGUGUGUGUGUGUGUGGAUGCAUGCAUUUGUGUCUCCUGUUGUAUGUCUGUAUUAAGGUUUGUAUUUCAGACUGUGUGUGAGAGAGAGAGGCACAGGACUGUUAGGGUUCAUUUGUCCUUCGAUGUCUUAACUUGCAAGUUGUAGCAUUGUAAUCAUGUGUACUCUUGCGUGUUUCGAGCUGUAUCAAUGGUUUCUGCAUUAAAAGUUUUUGUCUUGCUGAACAGAAAA